UCUGAAAGAACCGCACCACAGGCCAUUUGGGAUUUCCAUGCAUGCCCUGUAGCUGCGCGCCGGGGAUUUCGCUGCGAACCAAGACGAGUUUUACUCGAACGCUGCGACCGGACUUGACUUUCGACCUUAGCGGCCGCAUCGGAGGCCGAAGGACCGACUCCUCGCGGUCGCCUCUCUGACUCGCAGCUGGGUGAAUCAUGAGUCGCAUUCCUGGCGGGCUGCUUCACUCCUCUUAUUCACCUGACGAAGCCUCGGACGCUCAGUUGGGAGCAUUUCGGCCAGGUGCGAGGCUCGUGGGUUCGGGGCGACGAGGCUCAUCACGUGAGGGUGCGCCUGCCCCGGAGGAGAUUCGUGUUUAGAAGAUCGGAAACGCAUCAAGACAGCUCAAAUGAAUUUCGGGAUGGGCGGCCUGCUGAGCUUCUUCUGGGGCGCGGGGCCCGAGAGCGCGGGCCUGGACGUGGCCGACCCCGCCACGGGCCUCACCCCGCGCCAGAAGCGCUACGUCACCGACACGUGGGCGCUCGUCAAGAAGGACCUGCGUGGCAGCGGCAUCGCCGUGCUGCACACAUUUUUUACAGACUUCCCAGAGUACACCAAAUAUUUCAAUGCUUUUAAAGAUGUACCAAUUAAGGACCUUCCCACAAACAAGAAGUUUCAAGCACAUUCACACAGUGUAAUAUAUGCCCUCUCCAGUGUUGUUGACAACUUGGAUGACACUGGAGUAUUGGUAGAAAUGCUUAACAAGUUGGGAGAAAAUCAUGGGCGUAGAAACAUUACACCAAAACAAUUUCAGGAUCUUAAGGGAGUUAUCUUGAAAGUGUUGAAGGCGAAACUUGGGAAGGUCAUGACUCCAGAUGCUGAAGAAGCAUGGUCAAAGACGUUGGAUGUAGCUUACUCCAUAAUCUUCAAAGGAAUGGAAAAUGUGAAGAAAAAUGAUCACAUUAUAUCGUGAACAAAAUGUAAAAUGAGUGCUGAUUUUCAGUGUAUCGAGACUGCAUGACAUAAGACACGGGAUGUGUUCUAUCACCUAGUCGUGAACUUUUAUGUGAACCUCUUGCAAUGAGGAUACAUAUAGUUUUAAAAUCAUGACUUAUAUUUGCUGUUGUGAUGUUUGAAUAUGCACAUUUUAGUGGCUCUUUUAACAGUAAUGAAAGUGAAUGUUUUAUUGUAUAAAUAACUAAAACAAAGAAAAGACAUUGUUCAUGUCAUUAGAUGAAAUACAGCUUUUGUGAUAUUCUUCUAUCAUGUUAGGAGAGUUGGAAAUGAAGAGUGAAACUGAUUGGUAAUCUGUGAACUACAUAGUACCUUAGACUCAACCAUGAAUCAUUGUUUACAUAGUGUUUUUUGAACAUCUUUAGGCAAUGAUAUUUCAGGUUACCUGUUAUUUAGGAUUAUUUUACAACAUUCAGUUUAUUAACAUUUAAUACUUUUUAAGAGGAAUAUAAACUGAUAUUGUUUAAAAGUGUAUUCUGAAACUACAUGAAUGGUUAUAGAAUAUUACUGAUCAAAUUAAAGAACAAUCUAUUUUUAAUGUACAAUUUUGUUAUACUACAUUUUUAGGAAUACAUGUAAAAACAAUUUUAAAACUGAACAAUAUGUGAUGUAAUAUCUUUGUGCUCAGGCAUUUUAUUGUUUGUAUUUUAAUUUGCUCUAUGACUUGGUAUACACGAGUUACCUCCAAAGAUAUAUUAAAAACAUAAUAGUUUUAGAUGAAUAUGCAUGUAUAAUUUGUUAUUUAAGUAAACUUGUACUUAUUUUACAGCAAAGUGUUGUCAAUUUAUCUUAUUUCCCAAAAUAUGUGUAUUCAUUUUCUUGUUUAACCCUAUAUUCACAAUGUACUUGCUCAUUGACAACCCAGUCAUUUUGACUCCCAUAUGAAUCGUGAUCACAAAUAUCCAAAUAAAUCAAACUAAAAAUAUUAUAACAUUGAAUAAAUUUAUUUCAAUAUAACAAAUUUGUAAUUCAUUGGCUUUGACUAUCUGUAUCAAUUAUUCUAACAUGGUUUCUAAGAGUUCUUUAAACUUCAAUGCAGAGGCUUGUGUACCAGAGUACAUUAUAGAGCAUUGCAUCUGUAUGGAGAAUUUCAAAUGCAUGUCUAAUUACACAGGAUCUAAUAUAUCUUUUACAUUCUUCACUGUGCCAAGAAAAAUAUGUACAAUAUUUUUUCCUUCAUUUUCUUUCCACAAAUCCACACCUGGGUUUCUAUUUCAAGUGUAGACUCUCUUUCCAUGAACCUUAUCAAUGUUUACAAAGUGUUACUUCUAUGCCAAAAUUGGCUACAACACCAAAUAAAAUAAUUUUCUCUCAGUCUCUAAUUUAUCUCCAAUGAUAUGUUUGUCACACACACGUUUGAAAACUCAAAACAUUAGCUCCAUCUUCAUCCAUAUAAUUUUGAUCCACAACCCUGUUAUCUGAGCCUGACAAAAUCUUCACUAUGAUCAGAAAAGUCAAUUAUCGUCCAAUAUCUUGGAAAUUUCAUUUUCAGCUAAUACCUCAACCAUGACCACAACUAAGACCUCACAAGUGAGUCUACUAACAUUGAGGCAAAAUUACAGUCUCAUUUAUGAAUGCAAUUAUAAGAUAGACUGGAACACACAACAAUGUGAAUGACUGUAAUAAAGUUUCAUGAGUAACUAAUAAAAAUUCCGCCACUUUGUCACCAGCAAACUAUUGCCCAACAAUGUGCAAUUAAUAUCCAAAGUGAAGCAGGACUAAAAUUGACUCUUGGUUGUAAAUCCAGAUUAAAAUGUUAAAAGGGAUUAUUUUUAUUUAAAUGUUGUGAUACUUUAGGUCUGAUAAUUUCAGAUCUGUUGUACACAAAUUUGAUACUGCAAUUAUUCAGAUUUUCCAUGCUCAAAAGAUAUAUGUUCUUCUGUAAUGCUACGUCUACUCAUUAUUUUACCUUAUAAAGUUUCCAAUUUAUAUUUUAAAUUAAAACUUUAACACACCUACAUGAUUUAAGUCUUGAUAUU